ACAAACUCGUCAGUCACAUCCACCAUGGCGACUCCUUCACCGGCUGCAAGCCUUCCUCAGCGUCUUGUCUCCUUCUUCGCCCGUUAUCCUCCUCAAUUGCACUCUGCUGCCAUUCGUCGUCCAGCACCUCGCCCAAAGGAUGCAGCUGUUCCGCAAACGCCGCUCCCAUCACCAUACACCCCUGACCGCGAUGCCAAGGGCACUCAAGGAUUGAAGCCAAAUGAGUGGACCAGCGCGCAUUCGCUCCUUGUGACAAGCGAUACUCUUCGCAACCCAUUCCUCCCACACAAGCGAUUUGGCAAAUGGGAGGGACCGAGAUACGGACUCCGACAACAAGCCGAUCUGAUGAAGCUGGCUAUCAAAUAUAAUGUAGAGAAGCUUCUUCCUCCCAGUCGCAAAUCGCCUGAGUUCAAGGAGAAGCGUCGCCAGGAACGUGGCUUGCAGAUUAAGGGAACCGGUAUUGGUCAGAAGGUCAAGGGUCACAAGUGGGAACGUACGAUGGAGUCUCGCCUCGAAGAUCGCCGCAAGGCCAUGGAGGGCAUGCCGGAAAUGGUCCGCCAAUGGAAGCAGAGAGGUCACGGACGUGGAUGGAAGCAAUGGCCCAAGCGACGAUAA